AAGUGUAACGCACGGUGGAAGCAGACCAACAUUUGGAGGAGGUAUAACCCCAGUUCGCAUCCCGUCCGGAGGCCCGUCCGGUCUUCUCAAUGGAGCGCCCGUGAUGCUGACGUUCCCCGUGCCUCGGUCCGUGCAGAACUACGCGGAGGUGCAGGGCAGCGUCCCCGCCAACAUGCGCAGCUUCACCGUCUCCUUCCACAUGAAGUCCUCCUCCCGCCAGCCCGGAACCGUCUUCUCAUACGCCACAAGGCAGGAGCCGCACGAGAUCGGCUUCUUCGGAGACAGCACGUCCCGGGACUACGCCCUGAUCGUGCAGAACCAGCGGGCGACGUUCGACAUCCCUGAGCUGCACGACGGCCGGUGGCACAUGGUGGUGCUGACGUGGCGCAGCAGUGACGGGCAGUGGACGGUGGCCGUGGACGGACAGGACCGGGCCAGCGGCAGGGGGCUCGCGGUCGGACGCACCAUCCGGCCCGGAGGCACCUGGAUCCUCGGGCAGGACCAGGACUCUUUCGGAAACAGGUUUGAGGCGAGCCAGGCGUACGUGGGAGACCUCGCGGAGUUCCACGUGUUUGAUACCGUGCUGUCCGACCAGGACCUGCGGUCCCUCUACUCGCUACAGAAGACUGGCGACGUCAUCGACAUGAGGACCAGUCAGACGAACGUGCGAGGCUCCGUCAGGCCAGCAGCGUACUCAGCAUCAAUCCGCCCGACGUUUGGCAGGGAAGGAGUGAUAUCCGGCGGAACAGGCGGUACCACAUCGACGUUUCCCAGCGGCCAGACUCCAGGUGCAGGAGGUUCAGUCUACAUGCUGACCUUCCCCCAGCCCCGCUCCAUCCAGAACUACGCGCGCAUCAGCAGCGACUACCCGUUCAACCCCAGUUCCUUCACCGUCUCCUUCUUCAUGCGGGUCCCGUCGGGCGAGCCAGGGACCGUCUUCGCCUACGUCACCGACCAGCAGGCGCGGGAGGUCGCCUUUCUAGCGCCGAAGAACAGAAACACGUACGCUCUGGUGGUCAAUAAUCAACAGGCUGACGUCAGCAUCCCGGAGGUUCUGGACGGCCAAUGGCACGUGGUGGUGAUCACGUGGGAGAACACGUACGGCCAAUGGACGGUGCACGUGGACGGGCAGCAAAGAGCGUCCGGGUCGUCCCUGGCAACGGGCCAUACCAUUCGACCCGGGGGUGUCUGGUUCCUUGGUCAGUCCCUCGGCGACAGCGAUGGUUUCGACCAGGAGUUUUUCACCGGAGACCUGUCGGAGUUUAGGGUGUUUGACACUGCCCUCCCCCCGGGGAGCAUGAGGAAUCUCUACACAUUGGAGCAGCCAGGAUCUGUUAUCAACUGGCGGGACCUGACGCCGUCCACCCUCACCACAAGUGGCAGAGUCAGCCGAGUGCCGUACAGAUUGUCAACCAGUGUGACUACAGGUCCAGGUGGAACGCGAGUUGUCUUUGGCCCAUCGACUGGUUCAGGACCUAGCACUGGAGUGGGACCUAGCGCAGGGGGCAGACCAAGCGUUCCUACUGAUGUGAGACCUGUGAUUUCCGAAGCUACGCGCAUGCUGUCCUUCCCGGCACCCCGUUCGGUCAGCAACUACGCGCAGGUGGUGGGCAGCAGGACCUUUAACCCCUACGCCUUCACCGUCUCCUUCCUGAUGAGAACUCCGAUGCGAGACACCGGCACCAUCUUCUCCUACGCCGUCCCGCAGCAGCCCCACGAGCUGGCGUUCGUUGGUCAAGAGGGAUCACGUGACUACACCCUCAUCGUCAACGGUCAGCGGGCUCCAGUCAGCAUUCCUCAGGUUCUUGACGGUAACUGGCACGUGGUGGCGAUCCUGUGGCAGAACACGGACGGGCAGUGGCGCGUCAUGGUGGACGGGCAGGAGGUGGACUCGGGAACCAACCUCGCCAGGGGACACACCGUCAGGUCUGGUGGGACGUGGAUCCUGGGCCAGGAGCAGAACACCAUGGGCGCUAACUUCAAGCAGCCGCGCGCGUACGUGGGCGACCUGGCGGAGUUUAACGUGCACUACAACACGCUGCCGCCGGCGGACAUGCGGCGGCUGUACGCGCUGCAGUACCCCGGCGACGCGCUGAGCUGGAGGGGCGACACCAUCAGUCCAAGCGGACCCGUGGGGCUGAGGACUUACCAGCCUAACCUGCGAGUGACGUCUGACAGCAGGGGAGGUUCUCGUGUGACCUUUGACGAUUCAACAACAGGACCAGGUAUAACAACUGGUACAGUCACAGGUCAUUCAACAGGGAUAAGCGGGAUGAGAGGGAUAACCUUCCCCACAGGAAUGUUCCUCAUGAAUUUCCCGGAGCCUCGGACCUCUGACAACUACGCCGAGCUGAGGAGCGAUAGCCCCUUCGACCCGGAGUCCUUCACUAUCUCCUUCCACAUGAGAACACCGGCCAGAGAUACCGGCACCAUCUUCUCUUACGGCACCAGGCAACAGCCGCACGAGAUCGGCUUCAUCGGAAAAAGGGACUCCCAAGGCUACACCUUCAUUGUAGACAACGAAAAAGCUGAUGUCAACAUUCCGGAAGUUCUGGACGGCCAGUGGCACGUUGUGGCCAUCACGUGGAGGAACUCAGACGGACAGUGGAGUGUGAUGGUGGACGGGGAGGAGAGAGCUUCCGGAUCCGGUCUGGCGCGAGGGCACAGGAUCCGUCCGGGCGGCACGUGGUAUUUCGGACAAGACGUGAGCAGGUUCGUAGGCACCCGUCCAAGUUUCGAGCGUAACCGGGAGUACGUAGGAGACCUGGCGGAGUUCCACGUGCACAACAAGAUCCUGUCAAACGACGAAAUGCGCCAACUUUACAGCCUGCUCUACCCCGGGGACGGAGUGAACUGGAGACGCGCGACUGUCACGCCAAGGGGACAGGUCCAACAGAAGCCGUACUCAGUUACCGUUCGCCUGACUGUGGAUAGCAGAGGACAACCAAGAGUCUCGUUGAGUGAGUCAGCACUUGCUCCAGACACAGAUCUAUACUUCCUGAACUUCGCCCAACCCAAAUCUCCAAACAACUACGCCGAGCUGAGGAGCGACGGAUCCUUCAGUCCUGACUCCUUCACCAUCUCCUUCCACAUGAGAACACCGGCCAGAGAUACCGGCACCAUCUUCUCUUACGGCACACAACAACAGCCGCACGAGAUCGGCUUUGCUGGGCAGGCCGGAAACCGAGGCUACACCUUCAUGGUGGAUAACCAGAGGGCCAAUGUCGACAUUCCGGAAGUUCUGGACGGCCAAUGGCACGUUGUGGCCAUCACGUGGAGGAACUCAGACGGACAGUGGAGGGUGAUGGUGGACGGGGAGGAGAGAGCUUCCGGAUCCGGUCUGGCGCGAGGGCACAGGAUCCGUCCGGGCGGCACGUGGUACUUCGGACAAGACGUGAGCCAGGUUGGAGACCGGCCGAGGUUUGAGCGUGGCCGAGAGUACGAAGGAGACAUUGCUGAGUUCCAUGUACACAACAAGAUCCUGUCAAACGAUGAAAUGCGCCAGUUGUACAGUCUGCAGUAUCCAGGGGACGGCGCCAGCUGGAGGGAGGGGACCGUCACACCGAGGGGACAGGUCCAGCGCAGGGCGUAUCCAGUGACAGUGCGUCUGACUGUCGAUGGCAGUGGACGCCCUCGCGUGACCCUUGGAGAGGCUUCAGGGAUUCCUGGCACAGUGAACCUGGCAGUUGAUGUCAUUGGAGGACGUGAUUUUUACAAAUUCCUAAACUUCCCACAACCGAGAUCUCCUAACAACUACGCCGAGCUAAGGGGCGACAAUUCCUACAGUCCGGAGUCCUUCACCAUCUCCUUCCACAUGAGAACACCGGCCAGAGAUACCGGCACCAUCUUCUCUUACGGCACACAGCAACAGCCGAACGAGAUCGGCUUUGUUGGGCAGUCCGGAAACCGAGGCUACACCUUCAUGGUGGAUAACCAGAGGGCCAAUGUCGACAUUCCGGAAGUUCUGGACGGCCAGUGGCACGUUGUGGCCAUCACGUGGAGGAACUCAGACGGACAGUGGAGGGUGAUGGUAGACGGGGAGGAGAGAGCUUCCGGAUCCGGACUGGCGCGAGGGCACAGGAUCCGUCCGGGCGGCACGUGGUACUUCGGACAAGACGUGAGCCAGGUAGGAGACCGGCCGAGGUUUGAGCGUAACCGGGAGUACGAAGGAGACUUGGCUGAGUUCCAUAUACUCAACAGGGACCUGUCAAACGAUGAAAUGCGCCAAAUAUACAGCCUGGAAUAUGAGGGGGACGGCGAGAACUGGAGACAGGGUAGCGUCACACCGAGGGGACAGGUCCAAUCCCGGCCGUAUGCAGUGCGCCUGGCCGUUGACGGUAGUGGACGCCCUCGCAUCAUCGUUGGUGAGGCUUCAGGGACACCUGGCACGGGUGCCGUCCCAAGACCUGGAGGUGGCACGCUUGUACCUGUACCUGGAGGUUCAAGACCUGGAGGUGGCACGCUUAGACCUGGAGGUCCAAGGCCUGGAGGAGGGGGUCUUGCACCCGGAGCUAUGAAGUUUCUGACAUUCCCGGAGCCUCGGUCCCCCGACAACUACGUCGAUCUGAGGAGCGACGGAUCUUUCAGUCCGGAGUCCUUCACCAUCUCCUUCCACAUGAGAACACCGGCCAGAGAUACCGGCACCAUCUUCUCUUACGGCACACAACAACAGCCGCACGAGAUCGGCUUUGUUGGGCAGUCCGGAAACCGAGGCUACACUUUCAUGGUUGAUAACCAGAGGGCCAAUGUCGACAUUCCGGAAGUUCUGGACGGCCAGUGGCACGUUGUGGCCAUCACGUGGAGGAACUCAGACGGACAGUGGAGGGUGAUGGUGGACGGGGAGGAGAGAGCUUCCGGAUCCGGUCUGGCGCGAGGACACAGGAUCCGUCCUGGCGGCACGUGGUACUUCGGACAAGACGUGAGCCAGGUAGGAGACCGGCCGAGGUUUGAGCGUAACCGGGAGUACGUCGGCGAUCUAGCGGAGUUUCACGUGUACAACAGGGUCCUGUCGCCUGCGGAGAUGCUGCAGCUGUACCGUCUGGAGGCGACAGGAGACGGGGUGAACUGGAGACGCGUGGACCUCCAGCCGCGCGGACAGGUGCAGCAGAGCCCGUACUCAGUCGCAGUGCGUUUGACAGUGGACGGUAGAGGACAACCUCGUGUGGAGCUCGGGGAGGCUGACAUCUCUCCUGGGACAGGAGUGAGACCGGGUACUGGUACCGAUGGAGGCAUCGUCACACCUACUGGAAUGUUCAUGAUGAGUUUCCCGGAGUCUCGCUCAACUGACAACUACGCCGAGCUGAGGAGCGACAGUCCCUUCAGUCCUGACUCCUUCACCAUCUCCUUCCACAUGAGAACACCGGCCAGAGAUACCGGCACCAUCUUCUCUUACGGCACACAACAACAGCCGAACGAGAUCGGCUUUGUUGGGCAGGCCGGAAACCGAGGCUACACUUUCAUGGUGGAUAACCAGAGGGCCAAUGUCGACAUUCCGGAAGUUCUUGACGGCCAGUGGCACGUUGUGGCCAUCACGUGGAGGAACUCAGACGGACAGUGGAGGGUGAUGGUGGACGGGGAGGAGAGAGCUUCCGGAUCCGGUCUGGCGCGAGGGCACAGGAUCCGUCCGGGCGGCACGUGGUACUUCGGACAAGACGUGAGCCAGGUAGGAGACCGGCCGAGGUUUGAGCGAAGCCGGGGGUAUGAAGGAGACAUUGCGGAGUUCCACGUGCAUAACAGGGUACUGUCGGGCGAGGACAUGCGCCAGUUAUACACUUUCCAGAACCCUGGAGAUUUCCUGAACUGGAGAUACGCGACUAUCACACCAAGAGGACAAGUACAGCGGUCUCCUUAUGCCGGCACAUUCCGUGUAGACAUUGACAGCAGUGGAGGUGUCCGUCUGGUCUUCUUGGCUGCACCUGAGGUCCGACCCGGAAGUGAAGUUGGGGCGGUGCCAGGUGCUACAACUGGAUCGGCGGGUGAUGUAAUCAGACCAGAGGGCAUGUACCUAUUGAACUUCCCACGGCCACGAUCCCCCGAAAACUACGCCGAGGUAAGAGGCGAAAAUUCCUUCAACCCGGAGUCCUUCACCAUCUCCUUCCACAUGAGAACACCGGCCAGAGAUACCGGCACCAUCUUCUCUUACGGCACACAGCAACAGCCGCACGAGAUCGGCUUUGCUGGGCAGUCCGGAAACCGAGGCUACACUUUCAUGGUGGAUAACCAGAGGGCCAAUGUCGACAUUCCGGAAGUUCUGGACGGCCAGUGGCACGUUGUUACCAUAACAUGGAGGAACACAGACGGACUGUGGAGGGUGAUGGUGGACGGGGAAGAAAAAGCUUCCGGAUCCGGUCUGGCGCGAGGGCACAGGAUCCGUCCGGGCGGCACCUGGUACUUCGGACAAGACGUCAGGUCGGUUGGCCCCCGUCCGAGGUUUGAGCGUAACCGGGAGUACGUAGGAGACUUGGCAGAGUUCCAGGUUUAUACCAAGGUCUUGUCUCCGGAAGAGAUGCUUCAGCUGUACACGAUGCAGUACUCCGGAGAUGCUGUGAACUGGAGACGCGCGACCAUCUCACCCAGGGGACGCGUCCAGCGGUCGCCUUACGGAGGAACUUUCCGGAUAGACGUGGACAGCAGGGGAGUUUCCCGUGUGGUCUUCGGUCCUUCGACAGAGGUUCGACCCGGAAGUGAAAUCCAACCGGCAGCAGGGUCGUCGUACAUCCUGAAGUUCCCCUCCCCUCGCUCCACGGCAAACUACGCCAACAUCCGCGAGAACAUCCCGUUUUCCGCGCGAGGCUUCACCCUGUCCUGGCACAUGCGCACCGACUCCAAACAGCCCGGCACCAUCGUGUCCUACGCCACGUCACAGGAGGACGACGAGGUCGAGUUCUACGGAGACUCAGGGUCAAGGAACUUCCGGUUGCUGGUGAACGGCGAGCAGGCUGACGUCAGCAUCCCGGAAGUGCUGGACGGGGCGUGGCACAUGGUGACGGUCACGUGGCAGAACAAGAACGGCGAGUGGAACGUGUUCGUGGACGGGCAGCUCAAGGCGACGGGCAACGGGCUGGCUGCCGGACACACCAUCAGACCUGGAGGUACAUGGGUGCUGGGCCAGGACCAGGACACGGUGGGGAACGCGUUCCAGGCUACCGAGGCGUACACAGGCGACCUGUCGGAGCUGUACGUGUUCGACAUGGUGCUUCCCCAGGAGGACAUGAACAAGCUGGCCGCCGGAACAUUCUUCGGGAACGUCAUCAACUGGCGCACGGCUCAGGUGUACCCGCGGGGCGGCGUCAGGAAGACACAGUCCGCCCCCAGGGUUGUCUUCGGAACAGGACCGACCCCCGGCAGAGGCUAUAUCGGCACUGGUAUCGGGACUGGUGGUAUCAGCCCUGGUAUCGGCACGGGUAUCAGCCCGGGUAUCACUACCGGUAUCAGCCCGGGUAUCACCACUGGUAUCGGCCCUGGUAUCAGCACUGGUAUCCUACUCGUACCAGUGCAAAUUGGUGGUGGAAGAGUACACAUAGGACCGGGACAAGGGCCUUUCGAUAGAGACGGCACUACCACAGGGGAGACUGACGGAGACGAACCCGGACGUACACUGGCUGUGCAAGGUGGUUUGACCUAUUCCACAGACACGUUUGCUAGUAUACUAGACUAA